UCUUCCUAGAAGGUGCUGUAAGUGUGUGUGUGUGUGUGUGUGUGUGUGUGUGUGUGUGUGUGUGUGUGUGUGUGUGUGUGUGUGCUUCAGUGUAAAUCAUAUAGAUGGAGACAGAACACCUGUUAUUCUGAGAUGAUGGGGUGUAACAGUUUUCAGCUUACGUGUCUUGGACUGUCUCUGCAGCAUUUUGCCUACCUGCACGGUGUUUGACCUUCCUUAGUCAGCAAGCAGAGUGCGACUGCAGAGAGAAAAAGAGCGAGAAGGAAGGAGAGGUGGAGAGAGGGAGUGUCUACAGAAAGGGAGAGAGAGAGGGUGAGAGAGAGAGAGAGAGAGAGAGAGAGAGAGAGUGUUAAAGUGGAGUAGUAGCCGAGGGAGUUGUUGCAUUGUGAUUAGUGUGCCUGUGCAGUCUGUGCUGUCCUCCCAAUGUAAGUCCUGUUCUCUACUGCAUGGGACUCUCUCCUGGAGAUACAGACAGCCUGAAGAUAGGAUUUUGCCCUGCAAGCUUUGACACUCAAUAAGCUACAACUUCGGAAGCCUGGGUCCCACCUACUGUUGACAGGACACUAAGACUGGACUGAAGUGGUUUCAACUCCUCAACAAGGCCCGUCUUUUUAUUUUGUGUUUUUGUAAAAUGUAUUUUUGAAUUUUUAGUCACAGUUUCAACUGUAGUGCUUUGAAUCAUUUGGAACAAUGGAUACGUCAGGCAACCCUCAAGGGUGCUCUGCUCGUGCUCCCAGUGUGGGAGACUCAAGGAUGGGGGAGGCUAGAGUAGCUGAGGGGAUGAGAAUGGGGGAGAGAGACGCCCCACUGAGGCUGUCACCAUUCCGUAUGCUUCGAGUGCUGGACUCUUGCCGUCCUCCAGGAAACCGUAUUGGUAUCGUCCAUGAGAACGUGAAGAUGGGUUCAGAUGGGGAGAGCGACCAGGCAUCUGGGACAUCUUCUGAUGAGGUCCAGAGUCCAGUCAGGGUCCGUAUGAGGAACAACCACCAUCGGCGCAUCUCAAAUGAGGACAUAAACAAACGUCUGUCUCUCCCAGCUGAUAUCAGGCUACCGGAGGGCUACUUGGAGAAGUUUGCCAUGAACAGCCCACCCUUUGACAAGCCCAUGAGCCGCAGGCUACGACGUGCCUCAUUGUCUGAAAUCGGCUUUGGGAAACUUGAGACCUACAUCAAACUGGACAAACUAGGGGAGGGGACCUACGCGACAGUGUUUAAGGGGCGAAGCAAGUUAACAGACAACUUAGUAGCUCUGAAAGAGAUCCGGCUGGAGCAUGAGGAGGGUGCGCCCUGCACAGCUAUCAGGGAAGUGUCUCUACUGAAAGACUUGAAGCACGCCAAUAUUGUCACUCUCCAUGACAUUAUCCACACUGACAAGUGCCUGACACUCGUGUUUGAGUACCUGGAAAAAGAUCUGAAGCAGUACAUGGAUGACUGUGGGAGCAUCAUGAGUGUUCACAAUGUCAAGAUAUUCCUGUUCCAGCUGUUACGAGGUCUUGCAUACUGCCACAAAAGGAAGGUCCUCCACAGAGACCUCAAACCCCAGAACCUGCUCAUCAAUGAAAAAGGAGAGCUCAAACUGGCAGACUUUGGUUUGGCACGAGCCAAGUCUGUUCCUACAAAGACCUACUCCAAUGAAGUAGUGACAUUAUGGUACCGGCCACCAGAUGUGCUUCUAGGCUCCACUGAGUACUCUACACCCAUUGAUAUGUGGGGUGUGGGCUGCAUCUUUUAUGAAAUGAUCACUGGCAGACCUCUCUUCCCUGGAUCAACUGUGGAAGAUGAGCUUCACCUCAUAUUUCGCAUCCUUGGUACUCCUACAGAAGAGACUUGGUCUGGUAUAACGACCAGUGAAGAGUUUAAGACGUACAAUUUCCCUCGAUACCAAGCGGAGCCCCUCGUCAACCACGCACCCAGGAUAGACAGCGAUGGUCAUGAGUUGCUUGCAAUGCUUCUACAGUUUGAGGCUAAGAAGCGGGUAUCAGCUGAGGAGGCUCUCAGACAAUCGUAUUUCAGAAGCCUUGGGGAGCAGGUUCAAACACUGGCAGACACUGCAUCCAUCUUCUCUGUAAAAGGCAUUCAGCUCCAGAAAGAUCCUGGGAAAAGAUCCUCAGUCUACCCAGAGUCAAUGAUGGCCCAUAAGCUAGGCUCUGCACCCUCGCAGUACUUCCAGAGAGAACCAGCCAAUCCCAGGGCUCAGAGUCACAAUCUCUCCUCCACUUCCACUGGCUGAGUGGCCCCUACCGUUCUGCCCAGGGGAAGAGCAGGAGGCAGAGUGUGUUGUUUUAGUGCUGGCGGGGGCGCUGAGGUGAGGAGGACAGUGACACGUGGAGCUGUCCUGUCAGACAUACAUUCACUGACCCUGCCACACACACACUGAAGGAGUGACACACACCCUGCCACAUAAACACACACUGAAGAAGAAAACACACUCCACACACACACACACACACACACACACACACACACACACACACACACACACACACACAUACAGCAACAUGUAAACAAAACCACACAGAACUAUGGCUGAAGAAUUCAUACGUAACUAAAAAAAAAGAGAGACUCAGCUCAACCCUAAAGACAGAAAAAAAUUUAAAUGAGAGAAGUGCUGGAAGAAAAGUGGGAGAGUACAAGAUUCUCCUUGCUGCUACUACCGCUGCUGUCCAGAAGAGGGCAGCAUUUAGGACGUGGGCUGACUCGGUCUCUGAACCGAACUUGCUGUAUCAGUGAGCCGUGAGGAAGAGGGGGUGAAAAGUGGACACGAUUCGGAGGCAAAGAAAGAGAGACGAAACCUAUCACCUUCUCUUGUGCUUUCCUUUUUUUUUUUUUUUUUUGACUAUUGUUGUACAUAAAGAGACUGAGCUGUAGAACUUUGCUUUUUCAUAAACACGCCUCAGCCUGAAUCCAAACUCUGAAUAUUGCACCUCAACCCUAAAACCCUCGCCUAACCUCUUGGCCCUUUAUUACAUGAUCUUUAAACAACACACACAAACACAUAGCCUCUCUCUUUCUUUCUCUCUCUCUAUCUCUAUCUCUCUCUCUCUGUCGCUCUCAUUUUCUGUCUUUCUGUAUCUCUCUUAAACACACACACACACACACACACACACACACACACACACACACACACACACACACACACACACUGGUGGCUCACUUGAAAGUUAAGAGUGUGUAGAUCAAUGGAGUUUACAGAGAUAAACUUUAGCACCUUAUUGUCCCAUAGAGGUCAGGGUGGCUGUCAUUACCUCAUCAGUCACUCAAGCAGAGUAGGAUGGAAAGUACUUUGUAGGUAGUAGAAUGAAGAAGAAUCAAAGUAACAAACCAAAAAAAAAGAGAAACAAAAACUCACUCAGCAUAGGACAGACAUAUUUACCCUCACCAACGAAAUUGGACACUUCACUACACUACAAUUAAAAACACCCACAAACCAGUAGUAGACAAUAACUACAUUUGUCACAUGCUCACAUGCUGUAAAGAACACUACGCUGCGGGAUGCUCCUGUUUAAGUACACAAGAAGGACAACCUGUAAAGACAGAGAGGUAAAGGAAGUGUACAAAUCCUCACCUGCUUAUUCUUAGACACCCCCUUCCUCUUUUGCCUUGACUCAGAAGUUGUCUUGAUUUGUUGUGUGAUGUACAGGUGUUGAUGUUGAAAUGUUCUCUUUGCACCUGAUUUUUACCUCUUUAGAUCAUGAGUAGAACAUUCAACCCCUAUCCUGCCCAACUCCACCUGCAUUUAUUUUUACUACCCCCCCCAAAUCUGUAUAUAUGAUCAUACUUUUUACUUGUCAGAAGCAAUGAUAAUUAAUUCCAGGAUGCUGUUCUCAGUCUUUACUGUGUUCCCACCGGAACAGUGUGGCGACUGGCUGGGGACGUGUUGCACAUUCCUUGAGCUCAGGACUUAUUGCUAGUGUCGUUUUGUGGAUGCUGUGAGGUACAGCUGAUCUCGUAUGUCUCCCCAGUAUAGCAGAGUACGCCGGACAUGGCCUGAAAACUCUUUGCAAAGCUGGUUCAAACUGUAUGUGAAGAAGAAGAAGAAGAAGAAUCAUUUCUCAGAAUCAACCUGUCAGUCUUCUGUGUCAUUCAUUCUCUGUUCAUUUGACCAUAAUAUUGCUGUUCAGUGACUACCUUACCCAUGUCUUUUGUCGUCAUCUCUUCAAGCAUGUUCGUGUAUUAAACACAGCUGUUUUCAAGUUGGUAUGUGAAAUAGCUGCUGCUGGAAAAGGAAUACCUCCAGUUGGUUCAAAUUUUGCAUGGGACAUGACCUUAUUACAUGAUUUUUACACCAAACACCACAUUAACCUGCAAUGGCUGCUCAUAGAGUCUAGAGACCUUAAAUAAGAUGAAGACAACACAGUAUUCAGCAACAAUGUGAUAUGCUGCCAGCAUUGGGACCAGCUUCGACUUCAAGCUGUACAGUACAGUGAUGCAGCCUGUGUAACUGGGCGCUUACUUUUAACAGGACUUGAAGCCCUCAGACACGCUGUUGUUUCCUGCUGUUAUUGUUCCUGCCAGAAACAACAGGACCAAAGUCAGUCCUCCAAGCGACAGGUGUUCAAGCACACAACUGUUUCACACACCAAUCAGUUGACAUGUCAACGUGUACUGUAUCUAUGAGAUGGCCUGUGAGUGUAGAUUGGAGUUUCCUGUUCCUCAGGCACUGACCUCGGGUCACUUCUGCAUCUUUUUUUUUUUCUGAAAUGAAUUCAGAAAGGGUGAAGUGACCCUACGUCUGUGCCUGUCAGAAGGACUACUUAUUUACCCAGAGUGUGACAGUAUGUAGCAUGUACAUAGAUGAUCCCUCACUCUGUAUAUACAAAAGUGUAUAGGUUUGAUACAGCUAUUCACACUCUGGCUUUUUUUUUGUUGCUUUUCUUUAAUGAAAGUCAUAGCAAUAUUUCUGUAAUCAAUAAAAAGCCAAGGUAAUAGGAUGAGUAUGAUUGCAUUUGUGUUUGUUUAGAGAGGGAGGAGUGACUGUGAAUGAUCAAACUGUGAGACUUGACAAAACUGAUGACAGGUUUUUUCUUGCUGUUUAACAUGCUGGAUCCAAAAGGCUGGAGUGAAGUAUCAUGUUGCAAAGGAGUAUAACACACUGAUUAUUUUGAUUUUUAUCAAUGAAAGCCAUAAAGGUCAUAUAUAGGUGACAAAGGUAUAUUUGUGUGCGAGCACAGACCUUCAGAAGCAAAGGGGAUGUGUACACCUAAUGAAAAAUAAAAAAAAACCAUGUAAUUACCGA